CCCCGUUUCAACCUGUUCCCGGCCCCUCAGCCAAAGAGGCUCGACCACGGGCAGAGCGUGCCCCUCCUCUGCGGGAUCUCCGGGGUCUCAGGGCAACAGCUGAAGCCCCUGCGCCGCUGGCCCGUGAGACCCACCCACCCCAGCCGUUCCCCGACCUCUGCUCGGCCACGCUGCCUUCUGGAACAGUCCAGAUUCUGCCCACUUCGCAGGAAGAGCUUCGUCUGCCCAAAUGUGCUUCCCUGGCGUUCCCCAAGCUGCGCCCCCUCCUCCCCGCCACCCCACGGAGAAACGCGGCCCCUGACACUUCAGCCCCUGUCUGUGCUUCGCUCUCCUCCACAGCAUCUAGAAUCUUCCCACCGCCCUAUAGACUGGUCGAUUAUCCUGCUUAUUAGUCAUCUGCCCCUGGGUGUCACCACGUCCCUCCACGAGGACGGGACUUUGGUCCUUCGGCUCCCAGCUGCUAGAAUGGCACCUGGCUAAAUGCACCUGGCAUUGAGCCACCUGUGCACACAUCAGUGGCACUUAGCACAUUCACAAUGUCGUGUGACCGUCACCUCUAACUCCAGAAUACAUUCGUCACCCCAGAAGGAAGCCCGGUCCCCAGUCAGUGUCUGUCCUCCCUGCCUGAAUGAACUCGGUCCUGGAUAACCAAGGAUUCCUCCCGUCCUGGACAAGCACAGUUUCUCAGCGUGCAGCCAGCAAGAGCAACACGAUUGAUCUUUAAAAUGCCUCAGGCCACUUGGUGGUGCCUCAGAAGGCCCAUAGUGACAUUUUUUUUUUUUAACUUAGCCAAAAGAUGGUCUUCCUUGUUCCAAAAAUCGUCCAGCCUCCGCCAGCCCUUCCCGAGCCCGCUCCUGGAAUGGGCCCCGCCGCGGGCCAGGCCUUGCCCCCAGCCGCCCCAGUGGGGCACGGCGGGCACCCGCCCCACGAGGGCCAGGACUUUGCUCCCAGCACCCAGCGCCAAGAACCCGGCCCCACGCCCACCGCCACGGCCGCCUACCAGGGCGGUGACAGCGUCGGACGGUCGGCAGCCACCAGCAGUGACGGGGACAAGCGGCACUUGCAGCCUGCUGCCCGCCCCGCCGGACACACGGCCCCGGGCGCGCUCCACCAGCCAGGGACCACAGGCGGCCACGAGCAGCCCAGCCCCUGGGGUGGUCACAGCCACGCGCAGCCCCCGAGACAGGUGCCCCUGGCGGAAGCCGGGCAGCCAGAGGGUGCCUCAAUCUCAGACUACGUCUACCCCAUGGUGACAAGUGUCCAGCCUGAGGCGUCCACCGUGCCCUCCUACCCUGCGCCCUCCUACGACCCCGCCCACGCCCUGUACACAGGUCCGAACUACCCCAGCUACAACGUGCUGGUGUACCCUGCAGCCCGUCCCCACUGUCCUCCGCCCCCACCUCCCCCAGAGCCCCCCGGGCAGCCGCCACCCAGGCAGCCUUCGUCACCCGUGGAUGGUUCUGGAAGCAGCCCUGGGCCCGACUCGAAGCUACCGUCACCCAACAAGCCUCCGAAAGCCCAGCAGGGCCCCAGGCAGCCCCAGCUCCACUAUUGCGACAUCUGCAAGAUCAGCUGUGCAGGCCCCCAGACCUACCGGCAGCACCUGGAAGGGCAGAAGCACAAGAAGAAGGAGGCGGCUCAGAAGACGGGCGCGGGGCCCGACGGCAGCCCGCUCGGGGGGCAGGGCCCGCUGCGCUGCGGGCUGUGCGCCGUGUCCUGCACCGGGGCGGACGCCUACGCGGCGCACAUCCGGGGCGCCAGGCACCAGAAGGUCUUGAAGCUGCACACCAGGCUGGGGAAGCCCAUCCCCUCCGUGCAGCCUGCACCCGAGACCCCCGGCUCGCCAGCUGCAGAGCGCACCCCUGAGCCCGAGGCCCCCGCCGGCCGCAGCGCGCACGCUCAGGGCCGCCCAGAGACGCCAAGGGGACCCGCGGCCUCCAAGGCCCUGCGCAAGGGGCCCCCUGAGCCGCAGGCAGCGGGCAGCAGACCCCCGGGAGGGAAAGCGGCCAGACCCAAAUCGGAGGGGCCCAGAGGAGCGUCCAGCCAAGGGGGCGCGGGGGAAGCUUCCGGAGGCUGCUGUGACGCGCAGCCGGUGGGCCCCGGCUACGUGGAGGAGGUGUGCAACGACGAGGGGAAAGUGAUCCGGUUCCACUGCAGGCUGUGCGAGUGCAGUUUCAACGACGCCAACGCCAGGGACAUGCACGUGAGGGGGCGGCGGCACCGGCUGCAGUACAAGAAAAAAGUGGACCCUGACCUGCCCGUCGCCGCCGCGCCCAGCAGCAGGGUCCGGAAGCUCGUGGGGGACCAGGCGCGGAGGCAGCGGCAGCUGGCCAGGGAGCGGCUGCAGGAGCUGCGGCGCUGGCAGGCGGAGAGCAGGCGGGCGACGGAGGAGCUGCCGUCCCCGGACGAGCCGCAGCAGGCGUCGCCAGCCUGGUCCCCCGCGCCCCCCACCAGCGAGCCGGGCACACCCGCCACCCCGCUCCCGCCCAGGCGGCGGCCGGAGUCCAGCGAGGACCGGCACGUGCUGAGCAAGCACGCCGCCAUCUACCCCACCGAGCCGGAGCUCCUGGCCGUGCAGAAGGCCGUCGCCCACGCGGAACGCGCCCUCAAGCUGGCGUCGGACGCGCUGGCCCGGGAGGACCACAGACGCCGGCAGGAAGAAGGCGGCGGGCACAGCGGCGUCACCCCCUCGGCUCGGGUCCUGAAAGGCGUCGUGCGCAUCGGCCUCCUGGCGAAAGGCCUCCUCCUGCGGGGGGACAGGGACGUGCACCUGGCCCUGCUCUGCUCCGAGAAGCCCACGCUCGGCCUGCUGCGGAGGAUUGCGGAGCAGCUGCCCCGGCAGCUCCCGAUGGUGACUGAGGACAGAUACGAGGUCUCCUCCGACCCCGAAGCCAACAUCGUCAUCUCCUCCUGCCAGGAGCCCAGGAUGCGGGUCACCGUGUCCCUCACCUCUUCCCUGAUGCGGAAGGAGCCCUCCACGGACCAAGAAGGAGUGGAGGAGCCUCGGCCCGACCCAGCAGAUGUCCUGAGCCCCGCGAAGUGCCUCGAGUCCCUGGCCGCCCUGCGCCACGCCAGGUGGUUCCAGGCUCGCGCCAGCGGCCUGCAGCUGUGCGUGCUGGUGCUCAGGGUCCUGCGGGACCUCUGCCGGCGCGUGCCCGCCUGGGGGGCCCUGCCAGCUUGGGCCACACAGCUGCUGGUGGAGAAGGCGCUGAGCAGCGCCACCCAGCCCCUGGGCCCCGGGGACGCCGUGAGGCGCGUCCUGGAGUGUGUCGCCAUGGGGACACUCCUGGAAGACGGGCCCGGGCUCCAGGACCCCUGCGAGAAAGGCCAGAAGGACGCCCUGGAGCCCAUGACCCUGCAGGAGCGGGAGGACGUGACAGCCAGUGCCCAGCACGCCCUGCGCUUGCUGGCCUUCCGGCAGAUCCACACGCUCCUGGGCAUGCGCCCGCUGCGCGCGUCCCGCUCGCGGAAGAGGCGGCUGGAGCCCGAGGAGGGCGCGGAGGGCGCGGGUGCGGGGAAGCAGGGCCGGAGGGACGCAGAGGGGCUCGCCUGAGCCGUCCCCGCCACCCAGGGCCUGCACCCCAGACACGCGGGUGUCGCGGCUGUGUCGUCCCGCCAUCAGACAACGGUGUUCCCCUUCUCAGUGACGUUCGGUGGCUUCUCUCUAAGAGAAGCACGUGUGUGCGUUAAUCGUUAGAGAAAUGAUGCCACCGGCACUCAGAGCCGCGCGCCCCUCUCCCUGCGGCCCCGGCCCCGUCCCCCCACGGCCGGGCAGCGGGCGCCCCGCGACUCUGAGCGCCCGUGUCUCUUGCUGGCCCUAAGCUCCCCGUGGCUGGCGGGGCAGGGCGCGGGCUUUCAAUCGCUUCCUCGAAUGGGCCCUGAAGGCUCAGGGAGAGGCCACGGGGGUGGCUGGGGCCGUGGGUGGCCGGCAGGCCUGUGUCACUCCCCACCCACACCCUGUGUGGGCAAGCUUGAAGGGGUGCCGGGGGCCGGGAUCCCCCAAACCCAAACCCUGCUCCAAACAGACCAGCACGUCCCCCGUGGGGACGGUCGCCGGAUGCCACUGACCAGUGAAGACGCAGGCAGGGGCCGCCUCUGUGCCCUGACCCCGAAGACACCCCAAUCCCACCCACACCCCAACACCGAGUGCCUUGCACAGAGAGGAGUCUCGGGGCCCGCGCCCCUGAGGCCUGGGUCCUGCCUCAAAUUCCUCCCCUGCCUACCCCCGUCCCCAGCUCAGGUCCCAGCCCGUCCCCUCCGGGGCGCAGGGCCCGGGCAGGGCAGCCGGCCCGCGGACACGCGGAGGGGAAGGGGCUCCUGGCACCGGGGGACGUGGGGGCACCCCUGCCCAGCAUCUGCUCUGCCCGUCCAAACCUGUCCCCUCGCCUGGAGUUUUCUUGCGCGGCCACCAGUGGCCCCGAGCGGGCAACGUCCGCCUUGGACAGACGUGGUCCGUGGCCGUGCGGCUCAUGCGUCUGUUCGCCCCGUCUGGAGGACAGCCGUGUGGGGCUCGAGCCCCGAGAGUCUUCGCAGGGCCACCUGCAGACGGGGGAGGAAUAAAGGACACGUGUCUGUC